CUUCCUGGUAAAGGUUAAAAGUAAAAAAAAAUGCCGCUAUCAAGGCGAAUCUUUCCCUGUUGCUAGGUUACAGGUAAACAGAAACUGUACAGAGAAACAAUCACAAACUGCUUUGCAGUUACGUGUUCAGGUCGGAAAUAAACCAGAUUUAAAUUGGGUUUUAAAUACCGGUGCAAAUAGGAUAUUAUGUAUACAGUUUAUAACUAACUUGGACCUUCAUCGCUGGCAUGUCCGCACUUUGUACUUCAGAGGUAGUUAAUAUUUGUCCUAAAAUAAUCGGUUUUUGGUUCAUAUCUGGUAAUCCCCAUCUAGUGUGAAUUUCUAGUAUUGAAUUAUGAGAAUCGUCAAAGCAGUUGAGGAACAGUUGAGUGAUGUCUCCUGCUUUUUGAGCCAGCAAAUGAGACAUUGUUUGGAAACAAUCUUAUCUUGGUAUUGCUUGAGAAAUCCUCAGCUGGUUUAUGUACAUCCUUAGACCUAUUUUACCAUUUUUCAUUUCUUUUAGGUGUGAGGGGGAAAAAAGUGCAAAAAAUGUUCAGAUCAAACAAAGAAUUUUAAUAAAAUUGUGUAAGACGAAAAUCUGAAAAAUAAACUUGAUUAGUUUUAUAGUAUAACACCGCCUCCAAAUACUGUCCAGUAUAUGCUGUAUUACUGUUAUUUUUGCUGAUUAAUCAUAAUAGCUAAGCUUCCUCAAAAUAUCGCUGAGACUCACUUCCCAGAAUUCAGCGAGCUGCUAAAAGCCUGUCCAUUGGUGAUCCUUGAUUGUCCUUCAGUUAGGCCCCCACACAGGAAGCUGUGCUGAAGUGCUUGCUUUUAAUUGAAUAGCAGGAAGUCUCCUGGUUUACGCAGUGAAGUUGGCACUAGGAAUACAAAGUGAGUAAAAUAAUAAGCGCUGCUGUAUUUGCACAAAGACUUCACUGAAGCUGCAGUCCAAGCUGGACUUUGGCACGACAAGGCGACCCUGAAUUUUUCUUCAAGACAAACAAUAAAAGACAACGGAAAUGCUAUAAAGACAGAGAUUUAACUGUAUCAGGACAGGGGAGAGCUGUAAAUAAGCCUCCCAUCGGCACACCCCGCAGAUCUGACUCUGCAAUCUCAGUCCGUUCCCUGCACUCGGAUUCCAACAUGUCUCUGCGCUCCACUUUUUCUUUGCAUGAAGAGGAGGAGGAGGCGGAGCCUGUGGUUUUUGCUGAACAGCCCUCUGUGAAACUCUGCUGCCAGCUCUGCUGUGUUGUUUUCAAGGAUCCUGUUAUAACAACCUGUGGGCACACAUUCUGUAGAAGAUGCGCCUUAAAUUCUGAAAAGUGCCCUGUGGACAAUGCAAAGCUCACAGUGGUGGUGAAUAACAUUGCUGUGGCUGAGCAGAUUGGGGAGCUCUUUAUUCACUGUAAAUGUGGCUGCCGACCCGCCUCCAGUGGCAAGCCAGCGGCCUUUGAAGUGGACCCGCGUGGCUGCCCCUUCACCAUCAAACUCAGUGCCAGAAAAGACCAUGAAGCAAGCUGUGACUACAGGCCGGUUCGCUGUCCCAACAACCCCAACUGCCCCCCCCUCCUGAAGAUGAACCUGGAGGCCCACCUCAAAGAGUGUGAACACAUCAAGUGCCCCCACUCCAAAUACGGCUGUACAUUUAUAGGUAACCAGGACACAUAUGAGACGCACCUGGAGAUGUGUAAGUUUGAGGGUCUGAAGGAGUUCCUCCAGCAGACGGACGAUCGUUUUCACGAGAUGCAGUUGGCACUGGCACAGAAAGACCAGGAUAUUGCCUUCCUGCGCUCCAUGCUGGGCAAACUCUCAGAGAAACUGGACCAGCUGGAGAAGAACCUGGAGCUCAAGUUUGAUGUGUUGGACGAAAACCAAAGCAAACUGAGUGAGGACCUCAUGGAGUUCCGGAGGGAUGCAUCAAUGCUCAAUGAUGAGCUUUCCCACAUCAAUGCCAGGUUGAAUAUGGGAAUCCUUGGAUCCUAUGAUCCUCAGCAGAUCUUCAAGUGUAAGGGUACCUUUGUUGGCCACCAGGGUCCUGUCUGGUGCCUUUGUGUUUACUCAACCGGGGACCUGUUAUUCAGCGGCUCCUCAGAUAAAACGAUUAAGGUGUGGGACACCUGCACUACAUACAAGUGCCAGAAGACCCUGGAGGGACACGAUGGGAUCGUGCUGGCUCUCUGUAUUCAAGGGAACAAGUUGUACAGUGGAUCUGCAGACUGUACUAUAAUUGUUUGGGAUAUACAGACAUUACAGAAAGUGAACACUAUUCGAGCACAUGACAAUCCUGUGUGCACGCUGGUUUCAUCAAACAGUAUGCUCUUCAGUGGAUCUCUCAAAGCGAUCAAGGUGUGGGAUAUCCUGGGCACUGAGUUGAAGCUGAAGAAGGAAUUGACUGGUCUCAACCACUGGGUCCGAGCACUGGUCGCCUCUCAGAACUACCUGUACAGUGGGUCAUAUCAGACAAUCAAGAUCUGGGAUAUCCGCACUCUGGAGUGUGUCCAUGUGCUGCAGACCUCAGGUGGGAGUGUCUACUCCAUUGCAGUGACCAAUCACCACAUCGUCUGUGGCACCUAUGAAAAUCUUAUCCAUGUGUGGGAUAUUGAAUCGAAGGAGCAGGUACGGACUCUGACUGGCCACGUGGGCACGGUGUAUGCACUGGCUGUUAUCUCCACUCCAGAUCAAACCAAAGUGUUCAGUGCGUCCUACGACAGAUCUCUCAGGGUGUGGAGUAUGGAUAAUAUGAUCUGCACCCAGACUCUUCUGAGGCACCAGGGCAGUGUGACUGCUCUCGCCGUGUCCAGAGGACGCCUGUUCUCAGGGGCUGUCGACAGCACAGUCAAGGUGUGGACCUGCUAAUUGUAAUAGCUGGAAUUUUUUUUAAACAAUCUUUGGCCUGGAGAGGCAGUCUUCAACUACCAGAAUACCGGAUGGUUUUUAAUUAUGGAUUUAUCCUGCCGGGCUGUGCCGAUGACAAUACCGCUAUCACAUGGUUGCCACUGUUUUUAAUACUGUUUUGUUUGAUCAGUUGAUUUUGAGUUUAGUGCCACAACAUGAACAUAAUCAAGAAGGCACUUUUUCAGACCAAACCGUAGCUACAUAAGGAUCGAUCUGAACUCGCCAGACAUCACCUGAAUAAAUUACGAGCAUAUAUGUACUGUAUGUGAAGUGUGUGUCAAAGCAGGCACUUUCGUAUUGAAAUCACAGUCACCUUAUGCUCACCAGUGUUCCUGCCAGAGGGAGUUCUUAGUUCUUCAUACAUUCUGCAAAUACACUAGAGCAAUGUGGCAUUGGACGCUAAACAUGUGCCUUAUGUAAUCAGGUAAGAAGCCAGUGUGGAUCUGUUCACAGGUUUCCCAAAGCACCAUGCUUAUCCUCAUGCUUCAGUGUUUAUGCCAAUGACAUGACAUCACUUGAGCCUGCGUCUUGCAUCACGUUUAUGUUUUCCCUAUUGGAAAGAAAUAUUAUGGAAGGAGUAGAAGGUACACCAGGAAAACCCCAAAACCUCCUGUAUGUCUUGAAAAGGACAUGUUUAUGACUGCUUACCAUAUUUAAACAAUUUCUUCCAUGAAAUUAGCAGGGCCCAUUUAUAAGUCAUGCCGAUACUUGGGUUGGCUUCUGUAUGAAUUCAAUUUUAUUGUCCUAAAUAAGCUGUGUUUGCAAGUAACGUAUUACUUCGAAUUAACGCCUCACUCAGAUAUCAGCUUUUUAAUAGACACCGCCCUCAAAUAAAUGCCGCUUGCAAUAAAGAAACGUAAGGGUAUUUUUUAUCUACCCCUGCUCAAAAAAUCAAUAAAGAAACGCGCAACUCUGGCUAUGUACAUGUGACGUCCCUAAGAGACUGCAGCCUCAAUCCAGCAUGUAUUACAAACUAAUGUACACACACCUUAGUAAGCAAAUUUUAUUUUAUAGUACAGUCCCGAAAGACAACCCAAGAUGAACUACUUACAGCAGAGUUCAGUGCCAACAAAGCAGGGGAUGAAAGAAGUGCUCUCUGUUUACCUCGUCCUCAGCUUGGAUGGUGAAAACUUAAACUCUAACCACUAUCCAAAAGCUGGCUGAAGAUAUCUUCUUGUAGGGGGUUUAGUUGUUUUGUUUUUUAUUCAAUUGGAAUUUUACUCAGUCCUGUACAAUUAUAUAUAUAAAAAAAAAAACUCUUACUAUCUAUGAGAAGAUUUAGUUUUGGUUUCUCUUACAGAGAAAUUACAAACAAGCAGGUAAAUUACAGUGAGAAAAAAAUAACGGAGUAGGAUAUAUUUUAGUUAUAACAGAAAUCAAACUGAUAUUCAGAGGUAAUAUUUUUCGUUAAGAAAAACAACUGCAUCACACUCAACUACCGUUCUCUCUCCUCUUCUUGUCCCACCCCAUAGCAACCAAUACACACUCCUGAUUCGCUGGUACAGUACUCCCCUGACCUCCCAACUCCCACCUAAUAGGCUCUCGUUAACUGACAGUAAAUGUACUAUAUACAAGCCCCAAAAACACAUGAGUAUAAUGCUGCAGAUCGGAGGCUCUCACGGCGCUGCUUCUAAAAUGCCUUAAAUCAUGUAAUAAAAUACCGCACCGUUCAAAAUCCAUAGUCUUUCUGAUAAAGUAACACGGUAUUAAUGAGUAUGUGGAUUGGUUACCUGCCGUGAAAUAACAUUUUUUAUUGUUAUUAUUAUUUUAUUUGUUUUUUUGCAUAAUCGUAACUUGCGUUUUCAUGUGUCAAACUGGUUAAAUCCCAGUACAGUGGCAUUAUUUGACUGAAAGAUAGUGUGCCAUUUUAUAUGCCAUAUUGUCAAAGCAACCGUUAUUACCCUUUCACUGUCAUUUUAGACCUUAAUAUUCAAAUUAAGUUAAAAAUAGACAGAUCAUAUUACAAUCGUAAGUGAAAUACUCAAAUUGGACCUCAAUGUAAAAGCAUCCAUUGUCCACUUUAUAUUAUUCCUAUUAAAGAUCUCAAUAUGUAGUCAGAUGGGAUAAAGUUGCUUUAACACAACAAGUGAAACCGGUCUAAACUCGUACGUCUGUCUAUUUUGUAAGUAGGAUGUUUUAGUGAAAAGAUAAACUAGGCUACAUGUUUUUAACUUCUGUGUACCUUCUCGGGUACAGAAUCUGCUUUGAAAAGGUUCUGGUUAGUUUCAUGAUAUAUUCUGCUUCAAUGAUGAACCAUGGUUCAUUUUACUGAACACUCACUCACAGAUACUUGCAUUGUGAUCGAUCAGGUCUCUAUUUUAUUGUAAUUGAUAUACUGGUUUUAUGUUCUACACCCAAAAUGUAAGUUGCCUGCUGUGUGCAUGAUGUACCUGUUCAUUAGAAGUGUCAUGGCACAUUUUUUUCAUGUUUUCUGAUGCAGCAAGUACAAAGUAUAGGUCGGAUGGUAGCCACUGGUGGAAAUAAUGGAAAUAUUUGUAAUAAUGGUAUUUUAAGAACAAGAAGGCCUUAUACACAAAGCUUUAACACGUGUGUGUUUUUUUAUUUUUAAAUUUUUUAAUGAAAGUCCUUUUAUGAAAGAGAUCCUGUUCCACCACUUUGUUAAUGAAACCAGAGAUAGUCCAGAAUCAUGAAUUAAAGCUUGAUGAAACAGGUGGCUUUGACAUGUGCCAUUUCAACUUCAGGGAUCUGUUUGUCUGAUCUGUCCUUCAUUGAGGUUUUGUUAUAUUUGUAAAAGCAUUUGAGAUCUGAGGUUGUGUUGUUCACAUAAAGAUGAACAUUUCAAGCUAAAUUUAAACUCCAGAACAAAAGCAAUUGAGUCUUAAUAGUUUCAGUUUAAAAUUGCUAAAGCCAGUGGAUUAGAAAGCAAAGUAGGGACCAUCAUAACAAAGCUAUAUCUAUAGUACUUGCAUUAAUGGACCCUAUUUAAAAAAAAGAAAAAAACCUAGUCAUUUAAUUCAUUGAGUCAAGUGGACUGGAACCUUUUAAAAGGGGGCACUGCACACUGCAGUAUGUUUGUUUUAUUUGCAUUGAAAAUAAAACCUAUACAUUUAAUUAUUUUAAGUUUUCAGCUAGUUCCAUAUGGAAAGUAAGUAACAAGGUACGGUUUUUUUCAGAAUAGUGUUUUACAAUUAAUCAUGUACAUAUUCAUAUAUUUACAUCAUGUUAAAUUGAUUUGACCAUUAAAAUUGUAUCAAAUUUGUA